GGAGGGUUGUUGAUCUGAAUGGGACGCGGCAGGGCCGGGCUACCGUCAGCUGACAGUCCGCUCCAUCCACCGACAUCUUGCCUCAGUCCGGAGGAACCGGAGGACACCGGAGGAACCGGAAGACACCGGAGAGCCCGCUUUUUCACGGUCAAACGUCCGGAUGGAGUGACGGCGGGGCGCGCAGCCGGAGAUACACAGCUGUGACUCGUGGUUAUGAUCAGCUGUGACUAACGCCUCGCCAUGAUUGGAGGACUCUUCAUCUACAACCACAAGGGGGAGGUGCUGAUCUCGCGGGUCUACCGCGACGACAUCGGGAGGAAUGCGGUGGAUGCGUUCCGGGUGAACGUGAUCCACGCCCGGCAGCAGGUGCGCUCGCCGGUCAGCAACAUCGCGAGGACCAGCUUCUUCCACGUGAAGCGCUCCAACAUCUGGCUGGCGGCCGUCACCAAGCAGAACGUCAACGCCACCAUGGUGUUUGAGUUCCUCUACAAGAUGUGUGACGUCAUGGCCGCCUACUUCGGCAAGAUCAGCGAGGAGAACGUCAAGAACAACUUCGUCCUGAUCUACGAGCUGCUGGACGAGAUUCUGGACUUUGGUUACCCUCAGAACUCAGAGACCGGAGCUCUGAAGACCUUCAUCACUCAGCAGGGGAUCAAGAGUCAGCACCACUCUAAGGAGGAGCAGUCUCAGAUCACCAGUCAGGUGACGGGUCAGAUCGGCUGGAGGAGAGAAGGGAUCAAAUACAGACGCAACGAGCUCUUCCUGGACGUGUUGGAGAGUGUCAACCUGCUCAUGUCCCCGCAAGGUCAGGUCCUCAGUGCCCAUGUCUCUGGCCGGGUGGUGAUGAAGAGUUAUCUCAGUGGGAUGCCUGAGUGUAAGUUUGGGAUGAACGACAAGAUCGUCAUCGACAAGCAGGGCAAGACAGGAAGUACCGAGGACGGAGCCAAGAGUGGGAAACAGUCCAUAGCGAUUGAUGACUGUACCUUCCAUCAGUGUGUUCGUCUCAGCAAGUUUGACUCUGAACGCAGCAUCAGCUUCAUCCCUCCAGACGGAGACUACGAACUCAUGAGGUACCGGACCACCAAAGACAUCAUCCUCCCGUUCCGGGUCAUCCCUCUGGUCCGAGAGGUCGGCCGGACCAAGCUGGAGGUCAAAGUGGUCAUCAAGUCCAACUUCAAGUCCUCGCUGCUCGCUCAGAAGAUCGAGGUGCGGAUCCCCACCCCCCUCAACACCAGCGGCGUUCAGCUCAUCUGCAUGAAGGGAAAAGCUAAGUACAAGGCCAGCGAGAACGCCAUCGUCUGGAAGGUGAAGCGUAUGGCUGGUAUGAAGGAGUCUCAGAUCAGUGCAGAGAUCGAGCUGCUGCCGACCAACGAUAAGAAGAAGUGGGCUCGCCCCCCCAUCUCCAUGAACUUUGAGGUGCCCUUUGCUCCGUCGGGUCUGAAGGUCCGGUACCUGAAGGUGUUCGAGCCCAAACUGAACUACAGCGACCACGACGUCAUCAAAUGGGUCCGCUACAUCGGGCGCAGCGGCAUCUACGAGACCCGCUGCUGACCGCCGCUGGGGCUGCUGGGAAAUAAGGGGGGGGCGCCCCAGGAUUACAUCAUCGCUGUUGUUAUUGCUGUUGUGUGUGUGAUGUGCAACGUCGUGCUACAUAGAAACUUUAUUAAAGGUCAACUUUUGGGUUUUUUU